CAAUGAAAACAAAGCAAUCAGUCCUUGGCAGGGUGAGCAAGGCCUGCCUGCCCCCCCCCCCCCCCAGGUCAGCCAGCCAGCGUGUCACCAGUGCCCAGGGCGCGCAUCCGGCCCCCUGCGGCUGUCUGCCUGCACGAGGGGACCCGCCCUUGCACGGGAGGUGCGUCUUGUCUUCCAGAAGGCCGGGCUGGCCCCGCCGGCCUAGCAGGUGCAGAGGCCCCUCCCUGCACAAGGCGGCCCCUCCCUCCGCGGGGAAGCUGACCGUCAGGCCUGGAGGAGCCCGCACCUCCCCCGGCCUCCUCCCGGGAACCGCCCCGGUUUUGUUUGCCUGUCCCUACACAGGCGGCCGCGCCGGCCCGGGAAUUCACUUCUGGGGACCCGAGCUGCUGCACUGCCUCCUACAUCGGUGCUCCUCCAGGGCCCCCCAAACCCCCCCCCAGGCUGAGCAUCUCGGCGACCGGCCCCCCCAAGCAGCCCUGCGCCGCGUGGGGACCUGUAGGGUUUAGCGCAGCGGACGCCCAGGGCCCGCCGGGUCCACAGGGAACCACCUGGCCCACUGGGACCCACCGGGACACCGGGACCCACUGGACAUGGACGCGCGGGGACCCAAAACCCCCGGCGGGGACGCGCUGGGCGACGCGGCAGAAAAUCUAUUUCAGGAACUUCAAGAACAUUUUCAAGCUCUGACUGCAACAUUAAACCUUGUACUGGAAGAAAUGGGAAGUCGCAUUGAGGAUCUCCAGAAGAAUGUCAGUGACCUAAUGGUGCGAGCUGGGAUCGAAAAUUCCAUUAAAGAACAAGUGGUCAUCAGUAGGGAGGACGGAAAACAAGGCUGCAGCAACGCCAUGAGCCUGCUUCGGAGUAUUACAUCAACUUCCAGCACGCCUCAUGUGCAUUUGCUGGUCUGCCCUCGUGUCUCAAGCACAGACAACCCAGACGGGGCUUUCGCACACUGAGGCCCACCAGGCUUUAUUCUGAGACACCCAUGGGACAGCAGACACCGCCACCUCCUCACCUGAGAGAAAACGGGAGUUGUCACAGCAGAGCCUGUAUGGACGAGAUGUGCUGGGGAAGUUCCCGACCGCCCACCCACCGCCGAGCUGUGGGGCAAGAGAGGCGCAAGCCUGAGAUGAGGCCACCAGCUGUACGUGCGGUUUCCACGAAGAUGCAGCCUGAGUACGUGGGAUACCAUCUUCGGAGGAAGGAGGAACAACUUACACUUCGUAUUUAAAAGGAGGACUCCUAGGGAUGCCCGGGUGGCUCAGUUGGUUGGACGACUGCCUUUGGCUCAGGUCAUGAUCCCGGAGUCCCGGGAUCGAGCCCCGCAUCGGGCUCCCAGCUCCACGGGGAGUCUGCUUCUCCCUCUGACCUUCUCCUCGCUCAUGCUCUCUCUGUCUUUCUUUCAAUAAAUAAAUAAAA